AUGGACACGGAUGCGUUCUUGGCUGAGCUCCAUGCCAACAAGUUUGCAAAGUGUAUCAAGCGGCUGACGGCGGCUCUGCGCGGAGGGCCCGCCACGCCGCGGGCCGAGGCCGAGCUGCUCGCCAACCGGGCGGCGGCCAACUACGCGCUCGAGCUGCACAAGCGGGCGCUGAAGGAUGCCGAGGCCGCCAUCGCUGCCGAUCCGGGCGUGCUGAGUGGGCAUGUGUGGAAGGCGAAGGCGCUGGCGGCGCUCGGCCGCGCCGACGCCGCCCAAGCUGCUGCUGCUGCCGGCCUUGGCCACUACGGCGACCUCGCGCUGAUGCACACGCUGGGCAUGCUCGCCGAGGGCGACGGAGCGAGCGCAAAGCCUGCGAAGCCUGCACAGCCUGCGCUGUGUGCGGAUCGCGGCAAAGCGCGUGGAGUGCGGCUGGCCGAUGGCGUCGCCGCCGACCCCGAGUACGACGUGGUCCAUGCGUCGGAGCAGGUGGCUCGCCGCGGGCUAGUCCAGAUGGGCUCGGGCGAUCCCGCGACCGACAAGGCCAUUGCGCUCGGGUACCUAGCGGUCAACACCGGAAAGCUUGUCGAGGCCGUGACCCACUUUUCGCAGCUGCUCGACGACAAUCCGUCGCUGGUGGCAGCGUAUGUCGGCCGCGGGACGGCCAUGGCCAUGGGCGGCCAGCUCGAGGCUGCGGUCACCGACUUUACUGCCGCGCUUGCGGUCGAUCCAACUUGUGCCGAGGCACACAAGCGGCGCGGCCAGUCAUUGGCGGCACUAGACCGUCUUGACGAGGCGCUGGUCGACCUGACGGCCGCCGUCGACGGCUCGGACGACCCGGACGCCCGCCAGCAGCGUGGCGUGCUCUUGCACAAGAUGCGCAACUACCGCCGAGCCCAAGUUGAUCUCCGGGCGGCGCUCACUGCCAACAAUGCCGAUCCUGUGGCGUGGAACUUUCUCGGCCUCUGCCUCAACUCGAUGGGCCAGUGCGCCAAGGCUGUGACGGCGUACACCCGCGCGCUCGAUCUCGACCCGUCGUUUAAAGAGGCGCUGGUCAACCUCGGCUCUUCGUACCGCGAGCUGGCCAACUACAAGCUGGCCAUGAAGCAUUUCGACGCCGUCGUUGCGCUCGAUCCGUGCUACCUCCACGGGCGCUACCUUCGCGGGCUCACCCGCUAUGGCGCCGGCGAGCUCCGCGCCGCCAUCACUGAUCUAGCUGCCGCUGCAAGUCUGGAUCCUAGCGCCAAGGAUGCAACCAAGCUCCACGCCGUUGCACUCCACGCCCUCGGCCGCUACAGCGAGGCACUGGCAGCCUACAACGGCGUCCUCGCACACCACCCAUCGGACCCGGCGUGGUACCAGCGCGAACUCCUCAUCGCAGUCCUCCCGCACCUCGAGACGCCGCUCCGCACCUUUAGCCUCGACCGUGCCAUGGACCCGUACUUUAAGGAGGGCUGGUGCAAGCGGCACUCGCCGGCGCUGCUACUCGAGUACACGCCGCUGCCGACGCCAUCGGCCAAGACGCUUGCCGCCGCCAGCGUCGACCUCGACGCGCCGCUGGCGCCCGAGCUCGGACCAAUGGUCGUCCUCGCCGACGCGCUCAGUGUUCGCCUCCAGUACCACGCACCGGGCUUUAUGACCAAUGCGCGACAGCACCGAAUGGGUGGACUCGCCAUUGUCGAGAUGGCACAGGCAGCGGCUAGCCUUUGGGCAACGGGACCGAUCUCGGUCGCCUCGACCGGCGCCUCGAUCGGGUCGCACGCACACGCCUUUGGCUGGCGCGACUUUUAUGACAUCGCCGUCCGCUGGCGGCAGUUCUCCGAGCCGAACGAUCCGGUCUGGUGGGUCGACCUUCUUGCGCCAGAGCAGUUUGCUGAGGGCUUUGGCUCGCAAACGCCGAUGGUGAGCGGUCAGCUCGACGUAGUCCGAUACCACCGUGUUGGCUACACACGCUCGUUUGCGCUGGUCAAGGCCCUCCUGCCGGAGCAGCUCGCGGACGAGGUGGCAAUGCCGUCGGCGCGGGCAGCACUCGCAACCGCAUCGACGCUCGACGAGGUGUACGCUGUUGUGGGCCAUGACUUUUACGUCAUCACGCCGUGCUACUCGUGCGCAGAUCCUGGCGCGGCUCCGUACGAGGGCACCCGCCUCACGCUCCAGGCACACCCACCGGAGGGCUACGACUUUACCAUCCGCACGCCAUGCACGCCGUCGCGGUGGAAGCAGUUUGACGCCGAGCUGACGGCGGCGUGGGACGUCGUUGCUACCGCGGCCACCGCUCUGAAGGCCGACGACUCGGCGGAGACACGGCGCGCUUUUGUCGACGCCGCCCUCACCCUCACCUUUUACUGGUACAACUUUAUGCCGCUCACCCGCGGAUCGGCGAUGUGCGGCCUGCUCGGCCUCCACGCGCUCCUUCUCUCGGUCGGCCUCGAGCUCGACGCACCCAUUCCCGACAGCGUCCAGUUUGACUGGGAAGCCAUCCUCACCCCGCGGCCAGCACCCUUUAUUGCCACGCUCCGCGAGCUUUAUGUCGACGACGCUCUGCGCAGCGUCGACCCAGCGCGCGACGUCUCGUGCCUCUCAACUGCCGUGGCCGACUCGGUCAUCACCCUCGUCGACUUUAUUCGGGUUGUCGCCGCCGCUGAAGUCUAG